AUGAUUAUUUCUGAAUCUAACACGCAGCUUCAAGAUGGUAACGCUAAUAGUGUUGGUAAUGUGAUGAACAACCUCGCACAAGUUAUGGCAGCCUCCAUCGUUGGAUUGAUCGGCGAGAAUUCAGCGAUGGUAGACCAGCAAAAGAUCGUUCCUUACUUGCAUCAAACGGAGUCAGGCCGUGUUGCCAAGCUUGAGAUUUUCUCUCACUAUGUUGCUAGACAAAUGGGAUUUGUAGAUGCCAGUGAAGUUCCUGAGUUGUGCAGAUUGGCACAGGACUACUUGAGAAAUUCAGAAGGGUGUAAAGAAAGUAUAUAUCAAUAUUUAGCCGAUGGAGAGGACGCUAACACGCUAUAUGUAAAAUUGAUUGAUGAGUUUGAAAGAUGCAUCCUCAGUUAUUUUGCUUUUCAUUGGAACCGAGCUUCAUUUAUCAUUAGUCAGGUAUUAAGUACUCAGUCUCAGCCGAAAAUAAAUCUCAAAAAUAUUCUUUUGGAAGCCACAAGGAAACGUAGGUUUGAGAGAGUAACAAAGAAACUAAAGGUGGCAAGAGUGUUCUCUACAUUGGUUGAAGAGAUUAAAGCAAUAAAGGGCGACUCUCAAAGUUGUGAUGUCAAGGUCUCCAUUGUCCAGAGCGAGAGGAGUCCAGUGUUGCUGCUUAUGGGUGGAGGCAUGGGAUCUGGAAAAAGCACUGUUCUUAAAGACAUUCUUAGAGAACCGUUUUGGUCAGAAGCUGCUUCAAAUGUUGUGGUCGUUGAAGCAGAUGCUUUUAAGGAGAGUGAUAUCAUAUAUAGAGCUCUUAACUCUAAGGGCCGCCAUGAUGAAAUGCUUCAAAGUGCUGAACUGGUGCAUCAGACUUCCACUGAUGCUGCAUCAUCUCUGCUAGUGACAGCUUUAAAUAAGGGGCGAGAUGUGAUCAUGGAUAGUACCUUAGCAUGGGAGCCUUUUCUAGAGCAAACUAUUGCUAUGGCAAGAAAUGUUCACAAACAUACGUAUCGAAUGGGGCCAGGAUAUAGAGAAGCUAAAGAUGGGACAAUUACUGAAAAUUACUGGGAGCAAGUGAAUGAGCCAGUAGAAGAACACCAACCAGAGGAAAAUUAUAGGGCGGAACAGCACACUCGAAAGCCUUACAAAAUUGUUCUAGUUGGUGUGGUUUGUGAUGCCUAUCUUGCUGUCAUUAGAGGCAUUAGAAGAGCUAUUGUGACCAAAAGGGCAGUGAGGGUGAAAUCACAAUUGGAAUCUCACAAAAAAUUCGCUAAUGCCUUUCCAAGAUACUGCAAACUUGUUGACAGUGCUAGGCUCUAUUGCACAAAUGUUGUUGGUGGUCCACCAAAGAUAAUAGAGUGGAAGAAUGAUUCCAAAAACCUCCAAGUGGAUCCUGAAGUUCUCAAAUUGUUGAACACCGUAAGCAAUGUGAAUACUGAAGCAGAUUCCAUCUAUGAACUAUAUAAUGAAUACAACUAUGCUGUCAGACCUGGUUCUGUUUGGAAUGACAUUGUUCUUUCUCCUUCAAGGUCAAAUGAUAAGAAAGAAUUAAGGGAAUUCAUUCAAAAAAAAGAAAAAUUCAUUAGAAAAUAA